AUGUUCAUUGUGGGACACAAGUUCACUGAAGUAAAUGGAAACCCCGAGAUUUCUUUUGAUAUUGUCGGGUCAACCGGCAACAUCUACAAAACCAUCAUCAGGAAGGAACCGACAUGCGACUGUCCCGAUGGAAUGAGUGGCAACCAGUGCAAGCACAUCUGUUACGCCCUGGUAUAUGCUCUGAAAGCCCCAGGAGAACUCCAGUACCAGCUGGCUUUCUUGACCUCGGAACUCCGCACAAUCUGGCAAGGCUCUCCUCUGAAUCGACUUCAGUCUGCACCUAUUGAUCUCACCGAUGGCGUGCGGAAGCCCAUUGAAGGCGACUGUGCUAUCUGCUUCAUGGAGCUCAAAACCUACGAGGAUAUCGUCUGGUGCAAGUCUGCCUGCGGUAACAAUAUCCACAAGGCCUGUUUUACGCAGUGGGCAGCUACCACUAAAAAGUCCGGAGCCGGAGUGCGCUGUGUGUAUUGCCGCACGACCUGGAAAGAAGACACCCCCGACCUCAACAUUGAGGCAAUUCGACAGAGCGGCAAUGUUGGUGAUGACGGAUACCUCAACGUGGCGCCUCAGUUCGGAUUGUCUACUCAGCGCGACUAUUCCGUAUACUCGCCUUUCUCAACUGCCCGACCAUCGUAUUACUAUGGGCCGCAAUAG